UAUCAACACACCAUUGCCCACGUGUCUCUCUGUGACCUUUACCCGUUGAUUUACCACGCGACUAACAGGGUUGAAAAUGAGCGGCCAAGCCGGAAAGCUCGAAUACAAAAUCGCCGACAUUACUCUUGCUGCUUGGGGCCGCAAGGAACUUGAACUUGCACAGAAUGAAAUGCCGGGCCUGAUGAAGAUGAGAGAGCUGUAUGGCGCCAGCAAACCUUUGAAAGGCGCGCGCAUUGCCGGUUGCUUACACAUGACCAUACAGACGGCUGUGCUUAUGGAAACCCUUUUGGAGCUUGGAGCUGAGAUAACAUGGAGCUCGUGCAAUAUUUUUUCGACCCAAGAUCAUGCAGCUGCUGCAAUGGCUAAACGUGGAGUGCCAGUGUUUGCAUGGAAGGGAGAAACAGAAGAGGAAUACAUUUGGUGUCUAGAACAGACUAUCUACUUUCCAGAUGGCCAACCUCUCAACAUGAUACUGGAUGAUGGAGGUGACCUUACGAGGUUGGUCCACGACAAGUAUCCUCAACUGAUGGCUGGAGUGAAAGGUAUUACAGAGGAGACUACAACUGGAGUACACAGCCUGUACAAAAUGCAUGCUGCUGGCAAUCUCAAGGUUGCUGCCAUAAAUGUCAACGACUCAGUCACUAAAAGCAAGUUUGACAAUCUAUAUGGUUGUCGCGAGUCCUUGUUAGACGGCAUUAGGCGUGCCACGGAUGUCAUGAUUGCUGGCAAAGUGGCUGUUGUUGCGGGAUACGGGGAUGUCGGCAAGGGAUGUGCCUUCUCUCUCCGAAAUUCGGGUGCCCGUGUUAUCAUCACUGAAGUCGAUCCUAUAGUUGCACUUCAAGCUGCAAUGGAAGGAUUUGAGGUGACGACGAUGGAAGAUGCUUGUCCUAGAGCCAACAUCUUCGUGACGGCCACCGGCUGUAGCAACAUCAUCACUCAACACCAUUUUCCUGUCAUGAAGGAUGAUGCUAUUCUGUGCAACAUCGGUCACUUUGACUGUGAGAUAGACGUGGCAUGGCUCAACACAAAUGCCAAAGAGAAAAUAAACAUCAAACCUCAGGUGGACCGAUACACGAUGCCUAGCGGCCGUCACUUGAUUCUAUUGGCCGAAGGUCGUUUAGUGAAUUUGGGUUGUGCAAUGGGACAUCCCAGUUUUGUGAUGAGCAACUCAUUCACAAACCAAGUUUUGGCUCAGAUUGAAUUAUGGCAGCAUGGAGCUAAGUAUAAUGUUGGUGUGCACAUGUUACCAAAGAAGUUGGAUGAGAAAGUAGCUUCUUUGCAUUUGGACAAACUGGAUGUCAAGUUGACCAAACUUAGUACAGAUCAGGCCGAGUACCUUGGAAUCGCUCAGGAGGGUCCAUACAAGCCUGAACAUUACCGCUACUGAUGUCAGUUGCUUGGUUCUGGACUUUGCAAAGUAGCCUUAUUGGAUUUGCAACUUUGUGUUCAAUGAUAGUGAUCAA